AUGCAAGAAGCCAGCAGACAGGAUGAUGCCUCCUCUUACGGCGAUGAUGACGUGGCAAGCUCUGAUCAGAGCCGCGAACUAAGUUUAGAGAGCGAAGAUGACCUCGAGUUUGAAGAGUAUGACUAUGAUAAGAUAUACAAUAAACACGUCUCCCAUUUGGCUGUGGCGUGCGUCGGGCUAUUUGGACGCCAAAUGAGUCAAAAGGAUCCACCAUCUGCUUCCGACAAGCCAGAAACUACCGUGGAAAGUCAGAAAGAGAUUGCCGAUUUCAUAAUGCACAUGAACGAGUCUUUCACUCGUUGGAUGUCAGAGACUGCUGAUCUAGCUAAUCAUAUCGUUCAUGACCUGGACUCCCUCUUCAACGAGUACAAAGAUGUGAAAGUCAUGGUUAUAGGUACUCUCGAAGUGCUCAUGGAAGAUUUACAAUACGUGAUUUCGGGCGAAACAGAACGCCUAUACACAGGCUAUGGGGUGAUCGAAGGCAUUCGAGUUGGGAUCGAAGAGCUAUACGGCCUGACAAACAUGAUUCGAGAGGCAUCUAGACGGAAUGAUGAUCUCAACUUCGACAUGUUUCUCCCAUUUCACAAAACCGCGGACAUUAAAAGUCGCAUGUUUUCCAUUAUCAGGCAAAUGUUCCCCCAUGCGCGGCAUUCGCUCUGCGAUCAACUAGCCCUAUCUGUUGCAAUUCGCCGAAGACGCUUACGUCGCACGUUUAAAGAUGCCGAAAGGCUGAAGGCCAGGAUAGCCCGAAGAGCAUGGAACCAAGCCAAUACCAAUCAAGCAUAUCCAGGCCGCAUCAUUCCGCCACAGUCACCUGAGUCUCAGUCUUUUUACACGCUUGCUCCUUUGCCUCAUUGCAUUGAAGCCUGCAGCGGCAUAACCUAUUUCAGACUCCAUGUGAAUAGAGAUGUAAAGCCUUUCGUCUGCCUUUCGGAACAAUGUCGCUCUCCAGUGCUCUUUUUCGCUAGUAUGGAGCGAUGGAUCGAACACAUGAAUAAAAUGCACUCUCAUGAGUGGACUAGGAGAAUUCACCCGGCCUCCUGGAUCUGCGAUACUGGCCAUGACGCUAUCCACUUCAAAGACGUUGAAAGCUUUCGAGAGCACAUGAAUGACAAAGACAGCCAUCCCGUUAUACCGGAUGAGCAUGAGCUGCGUGUUCUGGAGAUUGAGCAAUGGAGAUAUCUCCCUCAUGAUGAGUAUAUGUGCCCUUUAUGCGAUUUUUCUCUAGAUAUGCCUAAGCGGAGUAUCUCGACCGAGGUCGCAGGAGACAAUCCGUAUCGGCCGCUGCACGAACAUAUUGCUGGUCACCUCAAAGAUCUCGCUGUCCUGUCUCUUCCGAUUCUGGAUACAACCGAAGGGCCGGAAAUGCGGCCAGGCAAUUAUAAAGCCGAAGAAAACCGCAGCUGGCUAAGAGAGAGCAAGAAAGAAUCUUGCCCAAGGGGAUAUGACCACGAGUCCUGCGAUACAAUCGUCUCUGACGCCCAAAGAAGUAGCCGUAUAAGCAGAGAACAUGAACUCAUAAAGCGACGUAAGAGCGAACCUGGACACAUGGCCUACCCCGUGAGAAACAGCUUCGAUGAAGAAUUCGGGACCUACCAUAGUCCAUUUAAAUCGCAGACCAAAUUAUGGCGUCAGGCUUCAUCAAUGUCGUCUUGA